AUGGCCAUUGCAUUGAGAUAUGUUAACAAAAAGGGUAAAGUGAAUGAGCGAGUUAUUGCCAUUGUUCGUGUUGGUGAUACAUCGACAAAAAUGUUGAAGGAAAUAAUAUUCUCUGUGCUUAUGAGACAUUCUUUAAGUACAUCUAAAAUACAUGAACAAGGCUAUGAUGGGGCUAGUAACAUGCAAGGAGAGAUGAAUGGUCUUAAAGCUUUGAUUUUGCAAGAAACUCCUUCGGCAUAUUGCAUCCAUUGUUUUGCUCACCAAUUACAAUUGACACUUGUAGCCGUUGUCAAAAAACAUUUUCUUGUGAAUGAUUUUUUUGUUAUUAUUACUAAUGUGUUGAAUGUGGUAGGAGCAUCAUUUAAGCGCAGAGAUCAACUUCGGGACCAUCAAGCAGAAAUUUUGGAGCAACUACUAGAAAGUGGUGAAACUCAAAGUGGAAAAGGGUUAAAUCAAGAACGAGGACUUAAAAGGCCAGGUGACACUCGUUGGGGAUCACAUUUUAGACCAUUGAAUAACUUCAUUAUUUUAUCUUCAUCUAUAGCUCAUGUGCUUGAUGCGAUUAAAUGUGGAGGCUCUAAUCCUAAUGAUAGAUUGCAAGAAGGAGCUUUUUUUACUAUGAUCAAUGAAUUUGAAUUUGUUUUCUUGCUUUACUUGAUGUUGAAGAUAUUGGUGAUGUCCAAUGAGUUGAGUGCAUCAUUACAAACAAAAGAAAAAGAUAUUGGCAAUGCUAUGAUAUUUCUUGACAUUACUAAGACAAGAUUGCAAUUGUUGAGAGAUGAUGGAUGGGAUGCUUUGAUGAAUGAAGUUCGUGAAUUUUGUGAUAAACAUGAAAUCUUGGUACCUAAGAUGGAUGAUUUUUAUCCUCCCGAAAAGUCAAAGCGUAGGCCUUCUAGUGUUACUUACUCACAUCACUUACAUGUUGAGCUCUUAUAUGCUAUAAUUGACUUGCAACUUCAAGAGCUUAAUAAUCGUUUUGACGUUGUGAGUGGUAACUUGCUUAUUGGUAUGACAAGCUUGAAUCUAUCUAAUACUUUUGCUAAUUUUGAUAAGGAAAAAAUAAUGAUAUUGGCCAAACAUUAUCCAGAUGAGUUUGGUGAAUCAAAGCUUCAGGAGCUUAGUUACCAACUUGAUACUUUCACUAUACACAUGCGACAUGGUGAUCCUGUAUUCUCUAAUUUGAAAGGAAUUGGUGAUUUGGCAGAAGCAUUAGUUAAUGCAAAUCUUGUGGAGACUUAUUCUCUUGUGUACUUACUUGUGAAGUUGACCUUGAUUCUAUCAGUUGCCACUGCAACUGUAGAGAGAGUUUUUUCAUCCAUGAGGCAUAUUAAGAAUGAAUUGCGUAGCAGUAUUGGUGAUGCAUAUUUAAGUGAUUGUUUAGUUUGUUACAUUGAGAAGGAUAUAUUUGUAAAUAUAAGCAACGAUGCAAUCAUUGAUCGUUUUCAAAAUAUGAAAACACGUCGAUGUCUAGUAUGA